UGCUCCUUUUCAGAGUGACGUAUCCUGUGCGAUUGUGUCAGGUAGCUUCUGUGCUAGAAACUGUUGUUCACGGUUGUUCACCACGUACUCUGCUGUCCGUUAACUAGCUUGUUAUCAGCGUUUAUUGCUGUCAGUGUUAUCGACCAUGGAUGACGAAACUCACCCCAAAACCUUAUAUGUGGGAAACCUCUCCAGGGAUGUAACAGAAAUAUUGAUACUGCAACUCUUCGCCCAGAUAGGGCCCUGCAAAAGCUGCAAAAUGAUCACAGAGCAUACAAGCAAUGACCCCUAUUGCUUUGUGGAGUUCUUCGAACACAGAGAUGCUGCUGCAGCCCUUGCAGCCAUGAAUGGAAGGAAGAUUUUAGGAAAGGGGGUCAAAGUAAACUGGGCCACCACUCCAAGCAGUCAGAAGAAAGACACGUCCAAUCACUUCCAUGUUUUUGUGGGUGAUUUGAGCCCUGAGAUUACCACUGAUGAUGUCACGGCUGCAUUUGCACCUUUUGGGAAAAUCUCUGAUUCCCGUGUUGUGAAAGACCUGACCACAGGAAAAUCAAAGGGGUAUGGAUUUGUGUCCUUCCACAACAAACUGGAUGCAGAGAACGCUAUCAUUAACAUGGGGGGACAGUGGCUUGGAGGACGCCAAAUCAGGACCAACUGGGCAACACGUAAACCACCAGCUCCUAAGAGUGCCCAUGACGAUGGCCCAAAGCAGCUGAGGUUUGAUGACGUUGUAAAUCAGUCUUGUCCACAGAACUGUACUGUUUACUGUGGAGGCAUCCAGUCAGGACUAUCAGAACACCUAAUGCAACAGACCUUCUCACUGUUUGGUCAAAUAAUGGAAAUAAGAGUUUUCCCAGAGAAAGGAUACUCCUUCAUUAGAUUUUCCACCCAUGACAGUGCUGCACAUGCCAUUGUUUCAGUCAAUGGCACAACCAUUGAAGGUCACAUAGUGAAGUGCUUCUGGGGAAAAGAAUCUCCAGACAUGGCAAAAACUCCACAGCAGGUUGAGUACAGUCAGUGGGGGCAGUGGAACCAUCCCUAUGGAAAUCCACAGCAGCAGUUUGGACAAUAUCUGACCAAUGGGUGGCAAGUUCCCUCCUACAGCAUGUACAGCCAGACAUGGAAUCAGCAAGGAUUUGGAGUAGAGCAGCCGGAGUCAUCAGCCUGGAUGGGAGGCUUUGGAUCACAAUCAGCCCAGACUGAAGACCCGGCCAGUUCUGUCAUGACAAACCUGACCAACUUCAGCAUGGCUGGCUACCAAAUGCAGUAAGCCUGUCCUUGCCUAAGUGGAAUGGCAAAGGGAUUUCCAAAAAAACAUUUUAGACCACGCAACUCUCUUUCAACCUGAAAGCUGAUUUGGUAAAGGAAGGGCAAAAGGAAUGUUCACAAAGCCUUUUUACUUAAUGUUCUCCUCAACAACCAGUUUAACAAGUCUUUUUUCACAUGUCUUCACUUUAAAAUGUUUUGGAUGACAAUGAAUUGUUAAUCAUUGAACAUUCACUUGGGCCUCUGAAGUAAAGUCAAACCAACCAACUUUGACUAGGUAGAUGCUGAAGGAAAUGGCAGACAUUUUUAAUGCUUAGUCCAUGAAAACCAUACCCAGACUGACAUUUGUAGCUUUACCAUACUUACUGUAGAGCGAUCUAAACGGAGAGGAACCCCUGAUGUCUUUCUCCUUAUCACAAUGACUAAAAUGAAGGUAAUGUUUACAUUACAGUGGGUCUCAAAUAGUAUUUGUAAAUUAACUCAGAGGAGCUGUAAGCACACUAAAUAUAAGCAACCACCUUGCUCCAGCGGCUGUAAAUGGAGCUGGAUUAAAAUCCCUUAAAGAACCUUGACUUUGAGAUAUUUAAACAUUAUAUUUAUAGCAAUGUCUGCUUUGAGUUUCCAGUGUUCUUUGACAUCUUUAAGUAAACAAAAUGCCAUAUUUUACCAGAGAAAUCAGUACACUGCUUACGUCACAUGCAUUGAUAAGUCCUUUUUUCAUGGUUUUAACAGUAUCAGUAUACAGUGGUGACAGUGAUGUAUAGAUCAAGUAUUAACAGUCACUGUGAAUAUGUGUUACAGACUGCUGUGAGCCACAAGAAUGAACCAACCUACUAAAAGUUGGUCUUGGCUUAGCUUCAGCUUAAAAUCUAGUCCUAAAUUGAUAUAGAAUAAAGGCCUCUGAAUGGUAGUUUAACCUGUAGAAACUAUUUGUAUGAACAACUAUGGAUUUAAAUGAGACUUAAACAGGACUGCAUAUGUCUCUGGUACAUUUUAUGUAGCCUACAGUAACAAUUAUCUACACGCUUUAAAGCAAAAAAAGAGAGAGAGAAUUUGGUUCUACAUUCUAGUUAGUGACCGGAAUGUUCUCUCCAGAGUUGUGAUGGAUUUUAAACUACACCCAAGUUUUGCGUAAAAUAGAUUUAUUUAUAGAUUUAUUAUUUAUAAAAGCUUUGGCAUCUGAUCAUCGUAAAACAGCUUUACACCAUUAUAAAGGUUACUUGACUCUGUGUGAGCUGUUUGUUAAUGUCCUUUAAUCUUCUCUUUCUAACUCAUUGAUAAAUUCUUGAUAAUGCAUUGUGGUCCACCCAACAUCCUGCUUAAGAUAGGAUGACUACUGAGCUUCAAUAUGGAGAGCUUUCAGCUCUAUUUCCCACUACUUGUUUGUUAAACAGUGAUUGACUUUGAACUUAUUUACAACUUACUUAUGUUGAAUGUCAAUGUAACUUUUAAAUAUUUGCAUUGAUACAAGUCAAUAUAGUUGAGGUAAGACAUUUUAUGUUGAAAAUAUCAAUUUUUUCAAUUGAGUGGGACUUACAACCUAUUAUAUAUUAUUGACAGUGCAGGUUAACUAUUUUUUGUUUCUUUCCCAUCAAUCUUUAAUCAUAUAGCGACAAUUCAUAACAAGUGUUAUCUCGAGACACUUUACAAAAAGCAGGUAAAAUACCUUACUCAUUGUUAUGAUACAAAAAGCAGGUAAAAGACCUUACUCAUUGUUAUGUUACAAAAAGCAGGUAAAACAUCUUACUUAAUGCUAUAUUCCAAAGACCCAAGGUUAGUCCAUCAUGACCGUAGCACUUUGCAACAUUUAGCAAAAUUUACAGUGGCAAGAAAAAACGUCCUUUAAGAGGCAGAAAAGGGGGGCAGGCCAUCCACCAACUAAUGUCUUUGAGAUUAUUUUUCUAUAGACCUUACACUCAGUGUAAGUAAAACAUAUAAUGCUGUGCCCUUUUUCCGUCUUGUGUAAAGAGAACUUUUCAAAGGUUUUAGGCAUACUACAAAUUGAUGGGCACCUUUUCUGCCCUUUAAUUCUCUUGAGUAUUUUCUGAAUAGUUUUAUAUAUUCAAGGUAAGCUGUUGAAAAAAUACUGGAAAGUAAAAGUUAUAUUUUCCCCAUUUACAUUUUAUUUGAUAAUGUGCCAUUCUGUACAAUGUAUUGCACCUCCUUUAAAGUCACUCCUUUUUCCUGCUGUACUAGCCAUUAAUCUUGAUUUAUAAAAAAAAAAAGGGGGGGGUGUUAUGUAACAAAUCAUGUCGGCUCAGAGUAUGAAUAGAAACAUUACUUGUAAUUGGGAGAAUGUUCUGAAAUAUUAUGUCUUCAGUUGGGGGAUUUUAUAAUUCUCCAUCACAGUUUUUUCUUAUUUUUUUCCCACUGUGAGUUUCUGCCUGUUUUUAAGUGUUUGUGCCAUUUUCGGGAAUAAGCAGAAAGCUUGAACCAACAUGUUCUUUAUGUUGCAUAACAUAAUGUGCAUGUUGACCAACAGGAGUGAUAUAAUAUAACCGGAAGGAAUGAAUUUUCCUGUUUAAGGGGAAGAGAAGCAGUAAGUUACACAAUUAAAACAACAUUUAAAUCUAGGUGGUGCGUGCAUUUAUUGGACACUGAUAAGUUGUUCAUUAUACAUCAGCAUACAUACUGUAAAAUUCUAACAGACCCAGUAAUGCUUUUCACAGUUAUUAAAAUGAGGUUGUUGAUACAAUAUGCAAUUUUCAAUUUAAACAUGAAUGUAUUUCUAUAGGUUUGCUCAAAAUUAACCUUGUUUUAAUUGAUUUCAAGUAUAAACUUUUAAUUAAAAUGACCCAAUAAAUAAAACAUUGCAAUAAUA